GGCCCCGGCACCAUGUGGGGCAGCAGGAUCCUCCCUGAGCUCGGGGACGGCGGCGGCUUGCGCAGCUACAAAGCCGGCCCAGAUUACUCCUCCGCGGGAUGGUUAUCUGGUACUGAAUCACUGUGGCAGGCCUCAACCAUUCCAUCGAGCAGCCGAAGUAACCAUAUCAGAAGACACAGUAUAGCUUCUGACAGCGGGGACACAGGCAUUGGUACCUCCUGUUCUGAUAGUGUGGAAGAUCAUUCAACGUCAAGUGGUACUUCCUUGUUUAAGCCCAGCCGAUCAUUGGUCUCUAUUCCCACUGCCCAUGUGAUGCCGUCUAAUGCCAGCUCUUCACUUUCCAAACACAGGGAAGCUCUGAAGUCUGACUGCUCACAAUGGAGUACAAACCUUUUACGGUCAGGAGGAAGUCGAAAUCUGGACAUAGUGGACCACUCUCUUGACAUGAAGGAUGUGAGGCCUGUAAGGAAAUGGUCAUCCUUGUCUAAACUGAGCACACCAGAUAGCUGCAGUCAGGAUGAAAGUGUCCUUUCAGGGGACUCCAGGGCUAGUACUGACAGAUCAGGAAGAGACAAGACCAUGUCACCACAAUUAAGAACAAAUGGGCCGAGUUGUUUGCAUAAUAGCAUGGAGUUGCUAAAAGUUGAGGACAAAGAAACUGGGAAAAAACGAUCUUCUACGCUGGAUUGCAAAUACAAAUUUGAAAGUUGCAGCAAAGAAGACUUUGGUGUUUCAGACGCCUCAAAUAGGAGACAUGUCUUUGACAUGACCUACAGUGCCUUACCUGAAAGCAAGCCCAACUCAGCCAGCUGUGAGGCUUUUGGGCACAAAUAUGCAACACUGGGACAGCAGGCUAUGAACGGAGUACCCAUUCAGCCCUCAGUGAGGACUCAGAUGUGGCUUACAGAACAGUUGCAUGCAAAUCCUCUGGACUGUAGGACUGCUGAGGAGUCAUAUGGUUUGGCAGCUUGGCAACUGCAGCAGCUUGAAGAUCUUACAAGGGGAAAUGAGCACCCGAUGCAGGUUCUGACUGGAUCGUCUCGUCAAGGUUACACAGGUACAGGCUAUCAGGAUUUCAGUAAUUGGGAAUCCCUUAUGAAAAUCAAAGAAGGGUUGCUAAGACAGAAAGAAAUUGUGAUUGAUCGGCAGAAGCAACAAAUUAACAGUUUACAUCAGAAGAUACGGGAGAAUGAAUUACGGGCUCAACAUGCCAGACUGAGCCACCUUGUGAAUUGUGACGAAUCUUAUGUGACUAAUUUACAGCAUUCACAAUAUGAGAACACAUCAUUGCAAGCUCCAUUUUCAGAAAGAUCAGUAUCCCACUGUGAGGAGCUUGAGCAAAAGCUUGCAUCAGUUGAGAAUAAGGAAAUGCAACUCAAUGAGUUUCUCAAGCAAAUUUCAAACAAAUCCAGUGAAGAGAAAAAGAAGAUGGAAGAGAAACUUAAAACCAGAGACAGGUACAUAAAUAGCCUGAAAAAGAAAUGCCAAAAAGAGUCUGAACAAAACAAAGACAAACAGAGACGAAUUGAAACCCUAGAAAAAUAUCUAGCUGACCUGCCAACGCUGGAUGAUGUAGAAAGGCAGAGUAACCAGCUGCACAUUCUAGAAGAGAAGAACAAGCAACUCCAAGAAACAGUGACAGAUUUGGAGAAGAAGCUUGGAGAGACUAGAACACAAUGUAGGGAGAAAGAGCUGCAACUCGUGUAUCAGAAAAAGAAAGAAAAAGACCUGGUCACCACAGUGCAGAGUUUGCAACAGAAAGUAGAAAAAUGCCUGGAAGAUGGUAUCCGCCUCCCCAUGUUGGACACAAAACAGCUUCAGAGUGAGAAUGAAUGCCUCAAAGAAAAGAAUGAGAAAGCCCGCAAGGUCAUAGACAAUCAACAAAAUCAGAUAGCUGGGAUGAUGUUAGAAAUUCAGUCUAUGGAAGAAAAGCUUUUGCAAGGGAAAGUGACAAUGCAGAAGAUGACAAAUGAGACUGAAGAAAAAGAAAGGCAUAUACAGCAGUUAAAUAAAACUCUGCUUGAAAACCAAAGACUAAUGGAAGAGAAUGCCUUUUUGAGGGAGCAGAUAUGCCAGAUGGAACAGUCCAGACAGCCAGUGUCUGAAAAGAUGCCGGUGGCUGACCAGUUGUUCAAAGAAAUGUCCCAUUGUUUGUUUGACUUGAAAGCACUAUGCAGUAUUCUUACCCAGAGAGCUCAGGGCAAGGAGCCUAACCUCUCCUUACUGCUGGGAAUCAGAUCAAUGAGCUGUUCAGCUGAAGAGAAUGAGAAUUACCACAGCACAGAAACUCUCACCAAGAAACUCUCGGAGGUUUGUCAAUUACGGAAGGAUAUUGAUGAACUGAGGACUAUAAUAUCAGACCGUUAUGCUCAGGACAUGGGAGACAACUGCGUUACCCAAUGAUAAAAUUUUGUCUCACAGCAAUGACUACAUUAUUAAAUACUGCUGUGUUACGGAUCUUUGCAUUUCUAUGAAGGAGCCAUAUGGGAAGAUAGCAUACUGUAUAUGAGCUGCACAUGGGUGUCUGGUGGGUCUGAGGGUUGUGCAUAUUUAAUUUGGGGGAUGGUGGGGAAAUCUUAAUUUGAAGAGAGUGGUACAGAUCUCAAGAAAAUCUGUGUUCUCCAAACUACUGAAUGUAGGACCAAGCUGUGAAGAAUGUUCCCAUUAGAGAUGUAGGAUUUUAUUUCCUCCCUCAUGGCUCAUUUAAACAAUAUGUGUGGUUAUAUUGUUUUCCGAAGUCAAAGCAAAGUCUCAGAAAAAGGCACUAUUGUUACUACUGUACUUACUUUCCUUCAUCAGAGGUUGGAGUUGCACUGUCCGAAUUGAAAGGCUGGAGUGACAGGUUCAAGCACCCAAAGGUGUAGAGAAAAUAUGGACAGUGGAGCCAGAUGCUUCUGCAAAACACAUCAUGUUGGAAACUGCAAUUGGGGUGGUUUUUGACUACUACAAAAGGUGGUUGCUCGUUUUAUAAUUGCCUCGUGAAUUAGGUAAGGGAAAGAAGGGGUGGUUUCAGCAGCUGAUCCCUGUUGAUUAUUAGGGUUUUUAUUUUAUCCAGCAACAGUCUAGGCAAACAAACUCUGUAUGUGAAUGUAGUCCCAUCAGAUUGAGAUGUUUGCCUUCCUCAUAUCUCCAUCUUUUAACAUGUUACUUAAAAACCUUGUUUCAGUAAUAUGAAGACUGUGACACAAACCCACAAAAGCCAGCUGCUGUAACUCUUAAGGCUGGCUUUCUGUCAGCAAAAUGACACUGGAGACGUCUCAUGGUGUGUGUACUGUAGUUAUUUUCUGUCUACAACCUCUGUUUUAAAUGUGUUCAGCCUAUAUAUCCAGGGCCCAAUCCUGCAGGCCUCCUGAAGGUAAUGAACAACCCAAAUCUUGCAGCAUCUGGGCCUGUACAAAAUUUUUUCUGCCUCUUAGUGCUGAAAGCUCAGAAUGUUAUUGUCAGACUCUAUCAUUUUGUGUGGUGUGCAGGACUUGUAGAUUUUUCCAGUCCUGCAGGAAAGGAUUACUUUUUAAAAAAUACAGGAACACAUUGUUAUCCAGUGCAAGACUGCCCCUGCAGGACAGAUAGAAUAUUAGCACUCCCGCAAAACGAUUCUAUGAUCAGAACUUAGCUGGGUAAUUGUAAAACAAGGAUACCUCUAUUUCACUGGAGACAAACACAGCAAAUAAGUUCUGCCUUCAAAUGCUGACCUGGCCAAAAUGGCUGUCAAGCUGCAUUAUUAAUGUUAGACAAUGAGAAUCAAUCAUAAAAGACUGCAAACACAUUUAAAAAUUAAAAAAGUUUGAGAGCAAAUAGCUGCAGCUUGCUUGUGCAGUUAUUACAGCUGACAGUACAGUGCUGGCAGCAUUAGAAAUCUUUUGUUAGUAAGCUUAUGGGCCAUGACAAAGUAGGCUGGAAGACAGCAAACUAUGGUAAAGGAAUGGCUAUUUUUGUUUUUUUCUGACAUUAAUAUCUAUAUUUAAUUUUCACCAUUUGUUAAAAACAGAAAAAAUAGCUUAAGGAUAAUGUGGAUUGACAUUGCUGAUUUUAACGUUAAAAUUUUCAGCCUUCUGUUUUGUGUUACAAAGAGUGUUUAAAUGUCAUUGUUAUGAACUUAGUGAUUUAAAAAUCUUCUGGUCAGUCUUUUCUAACUGUUACAUGGGCUUAUUUAUUCAACAGGUCUUGCUUGCUAAACUGUCCCUACACCUGGCCUAGAUCUGUGAAAAUCUAUUUUAGUGUUUAUAUUAAUGGUUCUCAGUAUUUUUCAAUUGCAGAUUAUUUACUCAGACUGAAGCAGCAACUUUGGGAGCAUUAAGUCUUCCAUCCUUACAACUGAACAGCGUAAUCUUUACAUUUUUUAAAAAAUAUUCUGGGGCUAAGAAAGAAGCUAUCUUUUUGCCCAGAACUUGGU